UCAAGAGACAAUGAACCAGAAGACCACCCUGGUGCUCCUCGCUCUGGCCAUCAUCACCAUCUUUGCCUUGGUUUGUGUUCUCCUAGCUGGCAGGGGUGGAGAUGGGGCUGAACCUAGCCAACUUUCCCAUUGCCCCUCUGUAUCUCCCAGUGCCCAGCCUUGGACACUCCCUGCCCAGAGCCAGCUGUUUGCAGACCUGAGCCCAGAGGAGCUGACAGCUGUGAUGAGUUUUCUGACCCAGAAGCUGGGGCCAGGGCUGGUGGAUGCAGCCCAGGCUCGCCCCUCAGACAACUGUGUCUUCUCAGUGGAGCUGCAGCUGCCCCCCAAGGCUGCAGCCCUGGCCCACUUGGACAGAGGGGGCCCUCCACCUGCCCGGGAAGCUGUGGCCAUCAUCUUCUUUGGUGGACAACCCCAGCCCAACGUGAGUGAACUGGUGGUGGGGCCGCUGCCUCACCCCUCCUACAUGCGGGACGUGACCCUGGAGCGUCAUGGGGGCCCCCUGCCCUAUCACCGGCGCCCCGUGCUGUUCCGAGAAUACCUGGACAUAGACCAGAUGAUCUUCAGCAGAGAGCUGCCCCAGGCUGCGGGGCUUCUCCACCACUGCUGCUUCUACAAACACCAGGGAAGAAACUUGGUAACAAUGACCACUGCCCCCCGUGGUCUGCAAUCAGGGGACAGGGCCACCUGGUUUGGCCUCUACUAUAACCUCUCAGGGGCUGGGUUUUUCCUGCACCCGGUGGGGUUGGAACUGCUGGUAGACCACAAGGCCCUGGACCCUGCCCACUGGACCAUCCAGAAGGUAUUCUAUCAAGGCCGCUACUAUGAGAGUCUGGCCCAACUGGAGGACCAGUUUGAGGCUGGCCUGGUGAAUGUGGUGCUAAUCCCAGACAAUGGCACAGGUGGGUCCUGGUCCCUGAAGUCCCCGGUGCCCCCGGGUCCGGCUCCCCCUCUGCAGUUCCAUCCCCAGGGUCCCCGCUUCAGUGUCCAGGGGAGUCGAGUGGCCUCCUCAUUGUGGACUUUCUCUUUUGGCCUUGGAGCUUUCAGUGGCCCAAGGAUCUUUGACAUCCGCUUCCAAGGGGAGAGGGUGGCCUAUGAAGUCAGCGUCCAGGAAGCCUUGACCAUCUAUGGAGGAAAUUCCCCAGCAGCAAUGUUGACCUGCUAUCUGGAUGGUAGUUUUGGCAUUGGCAAGUACUCCUCACCACUGACCCGUGGGGUGGACUGCCCCUACCUGGCCACCUAUGUGGACUGGCACUUCCUUUUGGAGUCUCAGACACCCAAGACAAUACGUGAUGCCUUUUGUGUGUUUGAACAGAAUCAGGGCCUCCCCUUGCGGCGACACCACUCCGAUUUCUACUCCCAUUAUUUUGGGGGCCUUGCAGAAACAGUGCUGGUCAUCAGAUCUGUGUCUACUUUGCUUAACUAUGACUAUGUGUGGGAUAUGGUCUUCCACCCCAAUGGGGCCAUAGAAGUCAAAGUCCAUGCCACGGGCUACAUCAGCUCUUCAUUCCUCUUUGGUGCUGCCCGAAGGUACGGGAACCAAGUUGGGGAGCACACACUGGGCACGGUCCACACCCACAGUGCUCACUUCAAGGUGGAUCUGGAUGUGGCAGGACUGGAGAACUGGGUCUGGGCUGAGGACAUGACCUUUGUCCCCACAACUGUGCCCUGGCGCCCUGAGCACCAGGUGCCAAGGCUGCAGAUGACCCGGAAGCUGCUGGAGACAGAGGAGCAGGCUGCCUUCCCCCUGGGAGGGGCCACUCCCCGCUACCUGUACCUGGCCAGCAACCACAGCAACAAGUGGGGUCACCCACGAGGCUACCGCAUCCAGACACUUAGUUUUGCUGGGGAGCCACUGCCCCAGAACAGCUCCAUGGAGAGAGCCUUCAGCUGGGGGAGGUACCAGCUGGCUGUGACCCAGCGGAAGGAGGAGGAGCCCAGUAGCAGCAGCAUCUUUACAAAUGACCCUUGGACCCCCACUGUGGAUUUCAACGAUUUCAUCAACAACGAGACCAUUGCUGGAGAGGACUUGGUGGCCUGGGUGACAGCUGGUUUUCUGCACAUCCCACAUGCAGAGGACAUUCCCAACACGGUGACUGUGGGGAAUGGGGUGGGCUUCUUCCUCCGACCCUACAACUUCUUUGACGAGGACCCCUCCUUCUACUCUGCUGACUCUGUCUACUUCCGGGAGGACCAGGAUGCUGGGGCCUGUGAGAUCAACCCCCAGGCUUGCCUAUCCCAGGCUGCUGCCUGUGCCCCCGACCUCCCUGCCUUCUCCCAUGGGGGCUUCUCUCACAACUAGUUGAUCCCUGGGAUGGCCAGUCUGACCAGGGGUCCCGGGGUCAGGGUAAGAGGGAUGGGCAGCAACUGGACACUGGGCAGGGCAUGCUGUUUUCCUCUUCUCCCUCUUUAUACCCUGAUGUCUCUGCCAAGGUCCUCUCUCUUCUACUGUUCUCCUUUGCCUCCUCCUCCCUGGCUGGAGCAUCCUGACCCUGAGAUGCCUGACACAGGAACACUGGGCUUGGUGGAUCCCAGCUGUGCUGAGUUCCUACCCUAGGGAGGGGAGGAAUGACCCAGUCAGGGGGCCGGAGAGAUAGCUAUGCUUUUCUUCAAAUGCUUCCUUUUUUUUUUUUUAAUUUCUGCCUUUCCAAAUAUUUUUAGGCCAUUUCUGAGGACUCUGCAAUGGAAAUAAUUCCCUAGAGAUCCCAGGGCAGGGUUCCCGUCAGUCCUGCAUAUUCACAGAUGAACUAGAAGGACCCCUUCUGCUCAUGUUCCCUCUCAUCCAAGUCCCUUCCUUCUCUGCUUCUUCCUCCCUCUUACCUACUGCUUUCUUCUUGAGUUCCUACCUGCUUUUGUAUUCUGGGAUUUUCCCUCAAAUCCUGAGUGGUUGCCCUGUCCUAGUCCUCGAUGUUUCCCAGUCCUCAUUUCUCAAUUACAGUCUCUUCUGAGCCUAUAGAAGUCUCAAAGAUGCAAUGGAGUAGGAGUUGCCCCCACUUCUGAUUUGGAGCAGGGUGGUGUGUUUCUGGCAAGUUCUCUCUGCCCACUUGCCCACUUCAUCUGCCAGCCUUGCGCUCUCUUGAAGAGAAUGGUCUUAGUAUCAGCAACACUCAAUCUAACAUUGCAGGUGUUUUGGGGGGGGUUCCCUGAUAAUGAAGAAUGGGUCAUCUCGUCCCAGGGUUGUGUGUGACCAAUGGCCUCUGUAACUCUGCAGCACCCAGCCAGUUUGGGAAGCUGUGGUGGGAACCAGGUGUGGACACUACAGGGGAGAUGCAGAAAACCCUGGGAACUCCACCCUCAGGUCAGGUCUGUCCAAUCAUGUCCCCACAUGUAAAUGAGCUGGGGCCUCGGGUGGGGAGGAACCUGGCCUGGAGGGACCUGUUCCAGGGCCACCCAUUACUAUUUCUUCCUACUGGGGUCUGAACUGGGGAUGGGUACAAAGUAAUAUCAAGAGAUUGGAAACAACAGAAACAUUCCUCCCUAGGUAAUUGGUCAAAUUGAUUCUGAUGCAGUCUUUUUUUUUUUUUUUUUUUUUUUUUUUUUUUUUUU